GCAACUGCUAGGAAUACAUUACAAGCAUAUGAGCAUUGACAAUAGUACAGCUUUGGCAUCUGCCUAUGUGCCUCCAAGGUUCGCUUUACUAGAUAGCACCUCGAAGUAAUUUUAGACAAGGAAGUAAUAAGGCCAGUCGCUUACAGACGCAAAGCACCCGCUUUGUGGUAAGAAAUGGCUGCGCAGCAAGCGGUCGGGGGUGGAGAUGCCGUCGACUAUUCCUAUGGGUCGGCGGCCAAUCCGCCAGCAAGUCCUAAGCGGAGAGCAAACUCUAAACCAUCAUCGCCGGGUAUUGGUGGCAGGACAGAGGGAUGGGUCGUCCCUACACCUUCCCCCGGGCCAGGAGCUUACAACCCUUCCAUACAAAUAGUAGUAUCGGCCUCCGAGCGCGCUGUGUUCGGCACCGCCUACCGCGAGCAGGAGGAGAAGCGCUUCAUGUCCAACCUGCACAACCAGGGGAUGCCCAACCCGGAGACUCCGGGGCCAGGAGCCUACCGCACCGCUGACAACCGGCUGCUGCGCAGCGAGAAGUCCGCCAAGUUCGGCACCGCGGCCCAGCGGCCGGAGGUGUCCAAGGAGUCGCUGUGCAAGCCGGGGGCGGUGUACGACCUGCCCUCCACGCUGUCAACCAUGUCAACCGGCUUCGGCACGGCCCCCAGCACCACCCGAGCCGCCUCCCGCGGCGCCCACCCCAACUCGCCGCUGCGGGACCCCCGCUCCCUGCAGUCGGAGCGCUUCCCGCUGGAGCACAUAGAGGGGCCGGGCCCGGACGCAUAUCCCCUCAUUCCCUCGGACAAGAUGUCCCAACACGAGACGGUGCCGCGCUACACGUUUGGGCGCGCCUCGCGAGAGUCCGCAACACGCGCGCACCUGACGCCGCAGCAGCUGCAGGCCGACCCCACAGUCAGCACCGCCAGUGCCACGCCCGCCGCCAUAUACGACAUCCCCAGCAUGCCUCAGCCUUCGCAGGUGACGGUCUUCCCUCGGGGCCCCGCGCACUACAACCCUGAAAAGGGCGGCAACGCGAAAGGACCCUACAUCGGCAGGCUUCACUCGGAUGCAGUGAAGGGCAUAGAGUCCCCCGGCCCAGGCGCCUACGCCGCUCCCACCUGUCUACAUACCGCAGGGGGCGCCAAGUUCGGCCCCGCGAACCCCAGCCGCACCCCCAAACCUAACGAGGUUGAGGUGCCCGGCCCGGGCGCGCACAACCCGAACUUUGGCGCGCUGUCGGUUCGCCCCACCGCCUCCUCCUUCUCCAUGGGAGCCAACAUCCGGACAGAUUGGACGGUGUUCAGCCCCGCUACACCCGGACCUGCUGCGUACGCGCUGCCGCCAGCGGACAGGACCAGCAACAACUUUGCGGCUCCCAGCUUCUCCAUGGCCGCCUCCCCCGGCGGCCGCCUGAGCCACGUGGCGCGCAACUCCACACCCGCGCCCGACGCCUACGGGCGGCCCGAGGACCCGCGCGAAUACAGCGCCGUGCGCAAGGGCUUCUCCUUUGGGCUCAGAGAACGAGUCAAGACGGAGGGGAGCGUCAUUUCCAACCGCUACCACGGGCCCCUCCACGCGCACGAAGCCAUGUGCACCGAGUCCCCCGGGCCCGGCUGCUACGACGUGCCGCUCACCACCGCGCGAAUCGGCUCCCCCGCCACUCGCUUCGGCACCUCGGGUCGCGACGCGGGGUCCAAGAUGUACAUCUCACACAUCCACGCAGCGGCUGAGGGCUUCGGGACCGCCUCCCCCGGUCCAGGCUGCUACAACGUGGCGGAGCUGGGCGGUGUGGGCUGCAGCUCGCGCUUCGCAGCCAAGGUUGCACCCAAGUUCGGGACGAGUCCCCGCUUCUCGGACAAGGUCUGCACCAAGUAGUAUAGCAUGAGGUCUGCUCGGCAGCACUCCUCCUCCUUACUAGCUCAGGCGGGUGUGCCCGCACGCGUUCAUGUACGCAUGGUGACUGAUUGCGGGGUGCGGGCACACAAGCGCGCGCAGGCGCACCUCUGCCCGCACCCCGUGCAGCUCCAGGACCCGCCGUCCAGCGGCUGCGUAUGGUUUUUUGUUUACCACCUGGCAAGGUCUAACGGCGAGUAGCCCAUGGAGGGCAUCGUCAGUCGGGAAUACCGCAGCAGUGGGGGUUCCUGGUAUAUCUCUGCAGGAGAACGUGCUGGCGGCUUGGCGGCUGGUAUCAGGACUGCGGCAGGAGUUAACAUAAGGUUUUUGUGUUUGACACGUGUUCGGACUGCAUUUGUACGACCCGUCUGGUGUCGGACGGGCGCUGUGUGCGUGACGGACGCUCUGGCGGGGAAUGUAUUCAUCCCUAGUUAAAUGCGGUGGUUUUCAUGCAGGGCGGGGAGUGCUUGUGGGGGUUUUGUUACAACAUCUCGUGAUAAUCGGAGGUAGGUUCAUUUAAGGUUGUCCUGCAUGGGUGUUUGGGGUGCUGUGUUUGCCGCACGGGGGCAGGAGUGGCCCUGGCACGGGGCCCCGUGUGUGUUUUGGAGGCACGUUACCGGUAUGUAGAGUGACGGCGGCAAGGCAAGCGAGUCCAAGAAACUGUCUAAUGCAACGGAUUGCUAGCUACUGGAUUCGGGUAAGUACCCGGGGAACAUGUACAUGUGACCAAACAUGGGAGCAAAAGUAGAUAUAGUGUAAAGCACUGAUGGAUUGCAUCCUUUUUGAACUAUCGUGGGCCUUAUGGUACAGCGGUGGCCCUGGCGAUGUUUCGGCAUUAUGUGCUCUGCACCAGCAGCGUUGGUUCCAACUUUUUUGGUUGUGUUCGUUUGGCGUAAUUUGGGUGAGAACAUGGAGAACUACGUGUAUUGCAGUGCCACAUCUAGCCUGAGGUGUGACGCACUACUGAUGUGGGCCACUUGGGCUUAUGCACGCAGCCGGGCAGUGCCAGGCAUUUAUCGCCAUGCAGCACGCAUGGGCUCAAAUGGGAAACGGCUAACGCUUGUAGUAUGGCGUAUUUGUAGCUUGUGAUGUGCCACCCUUGCGUGCCCCCGUCAAUAACGAACCACUACGUGUACUGUGGAGUGGUAAGGGGGUGCCGUUGCUUUGGUGCCUGGGGUAACCAACGCGGACAAAGUCUAUGCUUAUUCUUCCAGCUCCGCCACACGAACUACAACCCCACCGGCGUGAAGAGAGGAAACCUGGCAACACACUGCCCGACACCUGCGAUUAAACUAUUGGUAUGU